AUGGAGCCGGCAACAACUCCACGGUCAGAAAACAAUAGAACACCUCAAGAAGCUCGAGAUCAUCUCGUGUCGUCUCCCGAGCCUUUGAAUAUCCGAGUCGAAGAUCGUAGAGAUACUGAUCUACAAAUACAGAUCUUCUCAAAAAGACUGCAACAGUCAUCGAUUAACUCGUGGGUAAAAGGUGCCAACUCACUGGCUGUCGUGGUGAGUAAUCUCGUUUCGUCGGAUUGGAUACAUACUGAUGGUCUCAAGACGGCACUCUUUGCCGCGGUCCAAGUAUCUCUGGUUCAAAUAGUCGUAUCCUACGAAGAUGCUGGGAACAAUGUAACGUGGAACACUCUGCGUUGGUUCAUGUAUGCCGGGGUGCUCACUGACCUUGGUGGAACCGCCUCCGCCAUCGCAAUUGUAAACAUGCUGUCUUCUGCAACGAUCACGGCGCGCUCCAAAGCUAUCGAAGUCAUGGAUUCUGCUCCAAGAAAAGUAAUGGAUGGUCUGCCUAUCGAUCCCAAUCUCUUUACCGACUCGCAGGAGGUCCAACUCUUACGCGAAUUUGGAGUCUCUUCCGCAUUCGCCAAAGAUUAA